GGGCCGGUGUCUCCGAGGGGCUGGGAUGAGGCUGGCGUGGCUGUGGGAAAGCUGGAUUCUGCUGCUUCUGGCCCGACCGGCUGCUCUGGGGUGGGGAGGAAGUGGGGUGACACCGACAGGCGGAGGAAGCCGGCAGGAGGUUGACAGAAAGGAGCAUGUCACCCUCUCCCUAACGGCCUUAUUGUCAGAGUGUAAAUGAGGUCCAGCUCGCAAAGGAGAAGCAUGGAGCGCAGAGCCCAAUGCCAGCAUCACAAAGCCAACUAGGAGGUAGUUUUCGCUUUGCUUCCUACAUCAAUGAUUACAUGGUGCUGCAGAAGGAGCCUUCAGGAGCAGUGAUCUGGGGCUAUGGAGUAUCCGGAGCAACAGUGACAGUGACUCUGUGCCAAGGUCAGACAGCCAUCAUGAAGAAAGUGACCAGUGUGCAAGCGCACUCUAAUAGUUGGACGGUGGUACUGGAUCCUAUGAGGCCUGGUGGACCUUAUGAACUGACGGCACAACAGACUUUUGAGAGAAUGAACUUCACCCUGAGAGUUCAAAAUGUCUUAUUUGGAGAUGUCUGGCUUUGCAGUGGACAGAGUAACAUGCAGAUGACAGUUUCACAGAUAGUUAAUGCCACAAGUGAGCUGCUGAACACUGCAGCCUAUCAGUCGGUGCGCAUCCUCUCUGUGUCUCUCAGCCAGGCUGAGGAGGAGCUGGAGGACCUUCGUAAGGUUGACCUGCCGUGGUCUAAGCCCACCUCGGAAAACUUAGGCCAUGGAGAUUUCGAGUACAUGUCAGCCGUGUGCUGGCUCUUCGGGCGUCACCUGUAUGACACUCUGCAGUAUCCCAUCGGGCUGAUCUCCUCCUCGUGGGGUGGGACACCCAUUGAAGCCUGGUCAUCUGGAAGGUCACUGAAAGCCUGCGGGGUCAGCAGGCAAGGGUUCCUUCCGUCUGAUUUUGUCACUGGUCCCAGUAAACAUUCUGUUCUCUGGAACGCCAUGAUCCAUCCACUCCAUAACAUGACUCUGAAAGGGGUGAUAUGGUACCAGGGGGAGUCCAAUGUCAAUCUUAACAGGGACUUGUACAAUUGUACGUUCCCUGCACUCAUUGAAGACUGGCGCCAAACCUUCCACCGUGGCUCCCAGGGGCAGACAGAGCGCUUCUUCCCGUUUGGAUUUGUCCAGUUAUCUUCCUAUUUGUCUGGUGCAACCUCCGAUGACGGAUUUCCCGAGAUCCGUUGGCAUCAAACAGCAGACUUUGGCUCUGUCCCCAAUGUAAUGAUGCCCAGAACUUUCAUGGCUGUAGCUAUGGAUCUCUGUGACAGGGAUUCGCCUUUUGGCAGCAUCCACCCUCGGGAUAAGCAGACGGUGGCCUACCGGCUGCACCUGGGGGCGCGAGCCGUGGCUUACGGUGAGAAGUUGACCUUUCAGGGACCGGUGCCUCAGAAGAUCGAACUCUUGGCCAGCCAGGGGCUGCUCAACCUCACAUAUUCCCAGGAGAUCCAGGUGCAGAGGCAGGACAACGAGACAUUUGAGAUCUCAUGCUGCAGUGACCAUUGGUGCAAGUGGCUUCCGGCUCCCGUGGACACUUUCUCCACCUGGACCCUGGCCCUGAACAUCAAGUCUUGUCCUGGCACCGUGGCUGCUGUUCGCUAUGCCUGGACCACGUGGCCUUGUGAAUAUAAACAGUGUGCCCUGUACCACCCCACCAGUGCCCUGCCGGCCCCUCCCUUCACUGCUGUCAUCACAGACCGGGCUUCUGGGUCUAACAGCAAGGCUGCUAAGUGACUUAGCUGUAACAUGAUGACAUCUUAGAUGUAAGUGUGGCCCCUUUAGAUUUGGGACUUAGGAGUUUAAAUGACAACUGUUGCUUUUAAAGGAGGCUAAUGAAUUGCCUCACUGGGAGCGCCCAGCUAGCACGUGGCCGUUUCCAUAUUCUGAGAUGCCAGGGCCGGUAGGCAAAUGAGAUCCUUGCCUUUUGUCCCCUGGUUAGGCCAGGUAUCUGAAUUAGAGUAAUUCCCAACCACACACAGCUUGAACCUCAGUGUCAGUCACUUCCCUCCUUACCGGGAGUGAACGAUCUGAACACGUCUAUCCCCUUACGUCCAGACCGUGGGAACUCAGGGCUGGAAGAGAUUUCAAGGCCAGCUAGCAUCCAUGUGUUUUUUACAAACUCUGACACGUGGUUAUCAAAUCUCUGUAUAAAGUUUCCGUUCUAAACUUCCCAACAGUUUUUCUUUAUGUGGAACUGAAGUCGUUCUUCCACUGGGCAAGUCUUUCAGAGAACUAAGUCCUAUUUUGUUCUGAGCCAGAAAUCAUUCUAUUCCUUCAGUCUAAAUAACGAUCAUGUGAAUGUUUAAAACAAAGAAACCAGAACCACACACAGGCAUUUGGGGAGGUGCUAAGGGACCGACUCGAGGAGGGAAAAGGGCGAGGUGGUGGCAGCCUGGGAGUGAGAGCUGUGUGACCAAAGCGGUCACUGAGAAGCAAAUACAGAUACCAGACUCUUUAAAGGUAAGAGGUUUAACUAUGAACAGGAUAAUCCAGAUGGAGGAACAAAGUGAGGCUGAAAGUAAAGCUACACGAUGGUACUUAGAAAACCACCCAGAGGGACAGAUGUGAAAGAGGGCUUUUGUGCCUCCCCCUAGUAAUGCUGUUUAUAGGUUGAUUAAAAACAGUUAACGGCGCUUGCUAACUGUCUAAGAAUCUGGAAAUAAAAGUGCAAUUUUUCUCUCUGGUCAGAACUGGGUUAAAGAUGGGCUUGCAAACUGUCCUGUGAAGCUGAGAAAGGAGACUCACCUGUGGGUAGUUUCCAUCCCCUUCAUGUGAAAAAUGAGAAAGCAGUGAGCGCCACUGUCCCCACCCCGCCCCCCGGGGUCCCGGGGUCCCUCUGAACAACAGGAAGUCAGUGCCAGGAUUUUAUUUAGUAAAAAACCAAAACAACUAUGCAGUUUACAAGGAACUGUGGCUCCUCUGAGGACUUCCUAGAACACAGUUAACGCCUAACUGUUGAGCCUUGACCGCGUACUCACCUGGCUUAAUGGGAACCACGAACCCAGUAACAGCUCCUGAGAAGAGGCGACCCUGCCUGCCCACCCCUCCCUGCACAUGCUCGGGGGCUGAUCCAACCUGGAGGCGGUGACACAGUCAGGAGCGCCAGGCCAGGGGCUGCUCACCCCGCACCUCAGGGCACACGGUGUGAAAUGUUAGGUUUAGGUAGUGGGUAUCUUAAUGAAAAGUCGUGUGAAAGUUAGUUUUUAAUGGCUGACUAAUUUAAAACAUUCUAUAGGAAUUCAGCUUAUUUCCCAGAUGAAAAUAACAGUUUGAAAAAUAAAAUUUAUAAUCACUGUAGAGCAUGCUAAAGAAAGGUAUAAGCAAGUAAAAAAUUAGCCCAAAGUUCAUCAUUUGGAAACAUUUAACAUUUUGUUGAGCAGUCACUUGAUUUGAGUCACAUUUUACCUACUACAUGGCACAUUAGUUUAUAAUCUGUUUUUAACUUAUUCUAGCAAAAUAAUUUUCCUAUGUAAAUUGAAUAGAGAUUCAGUGUUUCAGUUUGUGGGAGCACGGUUCUUUAACCAGUUUCUCAUUAGUGGACAUACAGGGUCUUUCCAGUUUUUUCUUAUAAAAUCAAUACUGUGAAGCUGUUACAUGCAAACACCGUACCGCACUUAAUUUGCUAGGGUCCUUCAUGUGGAAUGACAGGUUUAAGGGUCAAUAUGGUUCACAUUUUAAUACCUACAACUUACUCCUCCCAAAAGUUUCAACAGUUUACAUUCCCACCAAGGCACAGUUCCAUUUUUUCCCCUCAUUCUCACUGACACCGGAUGCUGUCAAACGUAACAGAUCUUUAACAAACCAAUAGAUGAAAAUAAAAUUAAGUAUAGUAGGGCAGUGUUUUGCAAGUUUUUUAACACGGUAAUCCACAAUAAAAACAUUUUACAUCA